GUGUUUCAGUUUUGCGUUGUCAUUCGUGGCGUCGUCCUUGGCGUCGGUUGUUGGCGUUGUGAUUGUUUGGGAGAGGGUUAGGGGUUGUCCAGCAGUUCGGUUCACAGUUUGUUUUGGAAGCAUUAAAUUAUCAGGCUACAUGUUCACUAAGAAGACCAUAGCCAUUUCAUGUCAAUAACUUGUAUCACAUUGUUAACAGGCAGGGGAUCUCGACAACGCGACAAUGAGUGACCGGAAAAAGCCGCGCGAAAGAGCCGCCUCCCCGCGCAAGUCGACAGGCUCUGACAGCGUCAGUGCCGAGCUGCAAAAAUUACGAGUCUCCAGAAUCAGAAGGGUGUCGGACCCGGGCAGCUCGGAGGCGGACCGCGACGUCGCCGCCGCCGCCGAUGACGUGCUCACGCUGCGGCUCGGCCGGCUGCACGUGGCGGCGGCGGCGGCCGGCGCCGGCUGUCCGUGCGGCCGCCGCUGUCGCUCGCCGGGCGCACCCGGCUGCCGGCGGCGCCGUCUGGUGCUGCGGCCGGCGCGGCUCAAACCGGCGCGCCGGCCGCUGCUGCGAGAACCGCGCCUGCUCAGGCCGGCCGCCGCCGCCGCAGCUGCCACGCGCGGCUUCAGCGCCGCCUCUGGGCCGGUGUUCGGCGCCGCGGCGCCUGAGCGGUGCUCAGAGUUUGGCCAGCUGGGCGCGGCGCCGCCGGCCGCCCCCGGCGCGCCGGCGGCGGCUCCGUUCGCCGGCACAGGCGCCCCGGUGUUCGCUGCGACUGCUGCUGCUGCUGCUGCGGCGCCGGCCGGGCCGCAGCCGGCCGAGCUGCCCACGACCACGUGCUCGGUGCAGCACCGGCAGCGCCGUCCGGCCAGCGUGGACGAGCUGGCCGGCCUGGUGGCGCAGGUCAGCAUCAUGUCCAGCAUGGCCGAGAUGAUGUACACGUGACCGGGCGGCACCCACCGGGACGUUUUGGCUGCCGAAAAUCGCGCAGAGUGUCUCCGCCGUGUGUGGGCGCGAGUCGAGCGUCGUGCGCGGGGCGGCGCGGGCCCAGUCAGCCGCCGGCCGGAGUCGGCCGGCGGGUCGCCUCGGAUCGACAGUGUGGUGCGCGCGCGGUGAGGUGUCGGUGGACGCGCCCGGCCGGACGGUGCCGUAGGCUGUUGUAACCCAAAGAGGCGCGGUGGGUGGUGUGUGCGGAGGACGGGUCCGGAGCCGGACCGACCGGCGCGCAGGGUAAGGUGCCGUUCGACGGCGCGCCGGCAGCGACCACCAGCGACCUUCUGAUCAGUUACCGACAGAGCCGAUAUGGCCUGGUCUCGGCAAGUUAACUAUCGCCUUAGAGUGCAAACGCUAGACGUAUCGGGGCAUCUUAGCAUGGAUCUGAGCGAGGCUGCUGUCACCGGUCUCCAGCUGUUUGUUCGGGGUUUCAGCUGCUUUAAGGCACUCUGCUCUGUGUCUUUUUGCGUUUCUGGCCAUACUUGUAUUCUUUCGUAGCUGUUUUGCUUUUAAAGAUACAAUUAGCUGUUAAACCUGCAGGCUGAUUUGAUAGUCCUUAGGUCAUAAUGGUAGCGAAAUCUGCCAGCUAUCGUGAAGAUGGUUGCGUCCAACGAUUAUUCAUCUAAGUGCAUUACCUGAGCUGCCGGAUGCCAACCAGGCCUUAGCCAAUUAAUUUUGGUCAAUUGGUACGCGUUAUCAUAAUGUCAUUAAAUUACGUACGGUUGGUAAAGCAAUAUGUAGAUGUGUCAUGCAGGACUUGCAAGCUGAUGUGUGCAAAAAAAGGCUGAUGUUUGAGUAUCCAAGACUGCCACAAAGCUGGAAUCUCCGUUUGUUGACCAGUCCAUCUUUGGUUUACCCGAUAUGUGCCGGAUUGUCAAUAUAGUCCCAUUAUCAUUA